UGGACUGGGAAGUAGCUUAUAUACUUACAGCACUGGUCAUAUCCACAAACAGAGAGAAGUAACGUUUGCAAUCGUGACUUGUUUAAUGUCUUAAAGCAGAUAUAUAAAGCAGAGACCCACAGUUCUGCAGAGUUCAGCUCCAUCCCUAAUCAAACACACUUGAAGAAGUUAAUCAAGGUCUAAGGGUUACUAGAAAGCCACAGGCAGGUGGCCUUUUUUAUCAAGGCUGGGGCACUACUGAGCAGAACUGUGGCUCCCCAGAACUGAUGUUGACCACCCCUGCCCUUGUACAAAGCUGUCUUUUUUGUAUAUGCUUAUAUGCUCAAAAGUUAAGUGUAUUAGAAUUUCUCAUGUGCUUAUCUUUUUGAUAUAAAGACCAUUGUGUCUAAUUUUGAAUGCUUUUAAUGUUUUUAAAUGUGAUGCCUUCUUAAAAUUCACAGACACUGCCUCUUCUUUGCUCAUACUCCCACUGACAGGGUGCAGAAUAAUGGAUAAUUUUGUACAGGAGAAGCUGAAAGAAUGGAACUUGGAAGUCCUGAUACCAAGCUUUAAAGAUGAACAAAUUGAUGAAGAAACCCUCCUGCUACUUGAUGAAAAAUCGCUAGAAGCUAUGAUACCAAAAAUAGGCCUGCGAUUGAAAUUUAAAAAGCACCUGAGAGAGCUGCUUGUGAGUGAAGAAAUGCUCAUUUAGAAUGGGAUAUAUCUGCUUUAAGUGCAAAAAGACUGUUGGGGCCAAUGUUCGUUUUUUGUUUUCGCAUCUAAGAAGAAUGCAUAAUGUAUAUAGUUCAUCAAGUUAUUUUGAGUGUGGCCAAGCCGGGUGUCAUAGGACAUUUAAUUACAGCAGAUCAUUUAAGAGGCAUCUGCUACAGCACCGUGUAGAGUCUGAGGCAGAAGUAUCCAGCCAGUCAACACACUUGACUCAGACAAUGACAUUGAGGUCUGACAGCAGACCUCUGGCUUCUCAGAGUGAGCCUUUUGAGGAGGAAGAUAAUGCUGCUGAAGAUAAUGCUGCUGAUGACAUGGAAUGGGAUGAGUUAGAGCAGAACACUAUCACAGAUCGAGUGGCCUUGUUUUUAUCGAAAUUGAGGGCAAAAUCAUCUAUGACCCUAUCUACUGUCAACUUUGUAGUUCAGCAAACAUCUAGUUUGGUCUUUGAUAUUGUUGGUGCUUUACAAAGACAGACAAUGUCAUUCUUACAAAGGAUUGGCCAAAGUGAGACUCCUGAAGGUCAACAGCUGAAUCAGCAAUUUGCAAAUGCAGCACAACCUUUUCAAUGCUUGGAUACUGAACACAAGCAGAUGAAAUACUUUGUUCAAGCUGGGUACCUAGUUCAGCCAGUGGAGGAGCCUCUCCCUGGUGUCUCAUACACCCAGCAGAGGGACUCACAGACAGGCACUGUAAAACAGGUGGCAGUGCAGGAUACUUUUCAAAGGAUUCCCUUACGUCCACUACUGAAACUCAUUCUUGAGAGUCCAGGGACAAUGGAGAAGAUAAUGGAGUGGAAAAGAAAGCUAAGUGACUCAAACAAUCUGGAUGACACCACUGUGUUCAAAACAAGUUCUAUCUUCCUCACUGAGCCCUCUGUUCCUCUUCUGUUGUAUAAUGAUGACUGUGAAAUGGUUAAUCCACUAGGCUCUAAGACCUCAAUCCACAAAUUGGGAUUCAUCUAUUUCACUCUUAAAUGUCUUCCCCCAGAGUGCCUUUCAAGUCUUGAUUCUCACUUUCUUUUGGCAGUGUAUAAGGCAGAUGAUGCCAAAACGUAUGGUAUAGAUGCUGUCCUGAAGUCAGUUGUUGAUGAUAUCAAUGAUUUGGAAACAAAUGGUGUGGAAGUAGACACGGCUCACUUCAAAGGCACAUUGAAGGUUUGGGUUGCCCAAAUUUGUGGGGAUAAUUUGGGGCUAAAUUCAAUCCUUGGCUAUACAGAGAGCUUCUCUGGAAAUAGUGUUUGUCGAUGGUGCCACGUGAAGAAACUUGUCAUGAGAACACAAACAAUGGAAGAUCCGUCACUGCUUAGGGAUAAGGAUGGCCAUCUUUCAGAUCUGGUGCAAAGUAAUCCAACAGAAACUGGCUUAAAAAGACAGAGCGUUUUGAACAACUUGAAAUACUUCCAUGUGACAGAAAAUGUAGCACCAGAUAUUAUGCAUGAUAUCCUUGAAGGAGUAGGUGCAUAUGAAGUUAAAUUGGUAUUAGGCUCUCUCAUCUCUCAGAAGGUAAUAACCUUAGACCAGGUUAAUUACCGAAUCACAAGCUACGAUUAUGGCUUCUGUGAGUCUUCCAACAAGCCAUCCACAAUCCGACCUCAAGAAAUAAAAACACCAGACAGUUCGAUGAAGCAGACAGCAGCACAAAUGUGGUGCCUGUUAAGGCUUCUUCCUUUGAUGAUAGGAGAUCUAAUUCCAGAGGGAAACAAAUACUGGGAGCUCUUGCUGCUUUUGUUGACCUGUAUGGAAUAUAUUUUUUCUCCAUCCUUAACAGAAGAUGCAGUAUUAUUUCUCAGACAUCUUCUUCAUGAGCAUCACAGCCUUUUCCUGGAACUCUUCCCUGAUAGACAUCUAAAGCCAAAACAUCAUUUCAUGCUGCAUUAUCCAGGUGCCAUAAGGAGACUGGGCCCUCUGAUGCACUACUGGUCCAUGCGCUUUGAGGCCAAGCAUGGUUUUUUUAAAAGGCUUGCCCAUGUCACAUGUAACUUCAGAAACAUUUGCAAAACAAUGGCCUUCAGGCAUCAAAUGUUUUUGUGUUACAGUCUUUUGUCUGAUCACCUAUUUGCACAUCACAAAGAACUUGGUCCUGGUUGCACUACUCCACUUGCUUCCAUUGAGGGAUUUGAUCAAGUCUGCCACAGAUUUGAACAUACUCCAUCAUUGACUGAAGUGUAUAUACCCUCUUGGGUGAAGUGGAAAGGGACAGAAUAUCGUCCAGGAAUGACCCUCCUUGUGUCUCAUUCUCCAGAUGGUGAACCUCAGUUCGGAACAAUUCAGAAGAUUGUGGUUUUUGAGUCUGUCAUCAAUUUCAUUGUUAGGAAAUGGGACACAGUAGGAUUUGAAAGACACUAUUUUGCAUGCUGCGUAAUUCCCACUACUGUCAUUGACUCUAUUGAUGUUGACUCCAUUGAUGAUUACCAUCCUCUCCAUGUAGUGAGGUCAUACAAGGAAGGGGACAGCAACCACUAUGUGUCCAUGCGCUACCGGCUGUUUUAA